CACACACACACAGAGACACACACAGAGACACACACAGAGACACACACACAAACACACACACACAGACACACACACACACACACACACACGGUAUUUGUACCGGUAUCAAACGUUUUUGAGCGAUACCCAGCCGUAGGUGGGAGGGGGAAGUAGUCGGACAUGUCGAAGCAUCCUGUGGGACCGGCGCCUGGGCCCGGAGCGGUGCGGCCCGGAGCGGUGCGGCCCAUUGGGGCGGAGGCUCUGGUGGCGCUGCUGGAGGGCGGGCUGGACCGCGUGGUGCUGAUAGACAGCCGGCCCUUCGUGGACUACAACGCCUCGCACGUCCUGGAGGCCGUCAACGUCAACUGCUCCAAGCUCAUGAAGAGACGACUGCAGCAGGACAAAGUCCUGAUCACUGAGCUGCUGCAGCACUCAGCCAAGAAGAAGUUGGAGCUGCAGGGCGAUCAGGAGGUCGUCGUUUACGAUCAGAGUUCUUCAGAUCCAGCGGCUCUCGGCGCCGAGUCUUUCCUCAGCGUCCUGCUGGUGAAACUGGCGAGGAGCUUCCCCUCCGUACACCUGCUCUCAGGUGGAUUCUCCGAGUUCUCCCAUCUGUUUCCUGGUCUGUGUGAGGGGAAGUCCACUCUGGUCCCCUCGUGCAUCUCUCAGCCCUGCCUGCCGGUCACAAACAUCGGGCCGACCCGCAUCCUGCCUCACCUGUACCUGGGCUGCCAGAGGGACGUCCUCAACAAGGAUCUGAUGCAGCAGAACGACAUCGUCUACGUCCUGAACGCCAGCAACACCUGCCCCAAACCGGACUUCAUCCCCGAGUCCCACUUCCUGCGGGUUCCCGUCAACGACUCGUUCUGUGAGAAGAUCCUGCCCUGGUUGGACAGAUCGGUGGAGUUCAUAGAGAAGGCGAAAGCGUCCAACGCCCGCGUCCUGGUUCACUGUCUGGCGGGAAUCUCUCGCUCCGCCACCAUCGCCAUCGCCUACAUCAUGAAGAGGAUGGACAUGUCUCUGGACGAGGCGUACAGGUUUGUGAAGGAGAAGCGGCCGACCAUUUCUCCCAACUUUAACUUCCUGGGUCAGCUGCUGGACUUUGAGAAGAAGAUAAAGAGUCCUCACGGUACCGAAGCCAAACUCAAGUCCGUCCAUCCUGCCGAGUCCAGCGGAGACGUCCCCGAGCAGCCCGAGGCCCCGGAGCCCUCGGCGCCGCUGGAGCCCCUCACCCUGCCCUGUGUUUUAGCCGACGCCCCCGAGGAGCGCCUGCUGGCUCAGGCUCUGAGCGGCCUGCAGCUCGCCUCCGCUGGCGCCGACGGACCCGAAGACAGCGCCCGGCUGAAGCGCUCCUUCUCUCUGGACAUCAAGUCGUACGGCGAGCCGGUAGGGAGCGCUACGUACAGCCGUGGAGCCGGAGACACCGUGGAGUACUUCAAACCGCCAGGCUUCAAAGAGCCGGCCAGCAAACCGUGCCAGUUCUCCCCGGUGCAAGAAGUCUCGGAGCAGUCCACUCCGGAGCAGAGCCCCGACAAAGACGAAGUCAACGGGGAGCGAGUCGCACCACCUCAGCCCGCGCCGACCUCCAGCAGUGGCUUCAAACCCCCGGCCGCCACCCCCAACUGUUCGCAGCCGUUGCACCGGAGCGGCAGUAUGGAGGAGAACGCCACCAGCUUCCUGUUCGGCCUCUCCCGCAGCCAGCAGCAUCUGGCCAAACCGGGCUCCGCUGGCAGCGGGCUGAAAGGCUGGCACUCUGACAUCCUGCUGGGCCCCGUCACCGUGUCCACUGCCUCCCUCGCUGGCGGCUGGUACCUGUCCUCCGACUCCACCCGCUUCUACUCCGCCUCGGCCGUCCUGAGCGGUGCCAGCAGCGCUGGCUUCGCGGCCUACGGUUGCAGCCACGGCCUGGAAGAGGUGCACCGACGGCGCAGCCGGCAGAGGACGGGCGACCGCGGAGACUCGAGGAGGAGCUGGCACGAAGAGAGCAGCUUCGAGAAGCAGCUGAAGAGACGCAGCUGUCAGAUGGAGUUCGGGGACGGGAGGACGGACGGCAGCAGAGAGGAGAUGGGAAAGGUGGGGAGCCAGUCGAGCUUCUCCGGCAGCGUGGAGAUCAUCGAGGUCUCCUGAGACUCUGAGAGACUGAGACUCUGAGAGACUGAGACUCUGAGAGACUGAGACAGACUCUGAGAGACUGAGACAGACUGAGAGUCUGAGACUCUCUGAGAGACUGAGACUCUCUGAGAGACUGAGGGCGUUUUCACACCUACAGUUCGUCUGCUUUCGAGUUUGUAAACUUGCUUCGGUUUCUUUUCACACGGAGAAAACUCCAAGCGAACUAAAAUGCAUUACUACAAACCACGCAACAACACCUCCGCUUAUUGGCCGGCGACAAAAACGUCGAACAACGCGACACAAACGUCACCAAAGGUGACAUUA